AUGAAUAACAAUAAUCCAAAUACACUUCAGCUUUACUCAAUGCAUUUUUUGCAAAAUUCUAACGAAAUAACACUUGAAACAAGUAUCGAAUUUAAAGUUCAACCUCAGCAAAAAGAAAUAAAAUUUCAUGGUCUUCCAUUCAAAAUGAUAAUUGAUACAAUUAAAAUAAUGAAUUUAAAUACUAUCGAAUAUCAAGCAAAUAUUGCCUUUGUUUCAUCUCAAAUUCAAUUGGAUUAUUCAACUAUCACUUGUCGUAAUAUAACUACUAAUGAAGAAUUAUCUGGUCGAAUGAUAUAUCAAUUAAAAUUUCCUCAAAAAUAUGAAAUCUGGCAUGGUGAUAAUAAAAUAGCUACUAUGAUUCAUGCUGCUACUAAUGAUAAUGAAACAUAUCGUAUUUAUAAUAGUUUUAGAUGUAAUGAAAAUUCAAUGGAUACAUCUUAA